UAAACACACCUCUCUCGUCGCCCGCACACUCUCCCCGCUUCGCCUCACCUCGCCGCGCCCCCUCCCUUGACCACCACCGUUGACCUCGUCUCCGGCGAGGUCCCCUCGCCGGAAACCCCACCUCGACCUCCCCCACGCAAGCUCCGGACCUAUAGAACUCCCACAAGCUCGGGUCAUUGCCGCUCCACGCCCCGGCCGAAUGGCCGCUUGCUUCUAACCCGCCCUCGCCCCGCGCUCCGCUUGCUCCCCCGACAGCCCCAUUCACGUCCUCUCGCUCUCCCUACGGCUCCUCUGCCUGCUCGCCAUGGCGAUCCGCACCACGGUGUCCUACUCCGGCUACGUGGCGCAGAACCUCGCCGCGUCGCUCGGCCUCCGCAGCUCCUCCGCCUCGGCCAGCGGCUACCGCCUCCUUCACGACGGCGCCUGGCGCCCCUUCUGCAUCUUCACCUCCUCCCGCCGGCUCGAGCAGCACCGCAGCGGCGGCAGCGGCAACGACCGCCAUGACGGCGGAGACCACAACCACCCGAAGCCCCAGGGCCUCGCUGCCACAGGCCACUCGCUGCUGCUCACGCGGGCGUGCUUGUCGUCCAAGUCGCCGUCGCCGUCUCUCGCCGUGGGGCUACUGUCGGUGCUCGCGCAAGGGACAAGGCCUGCCGCUGGGAUCGCCGGGACGGCGUCUCUGUCAGGCUCGUCGUCGAUUUCCCUCGGGUUCAACCCCACGUCCUUCCUCCCGUUCCUGCAGACUGCGAAGUGGCUCCCCUGCAACGACCUUGCCACCUCGUCGUCUUCGGUCCCCUCUUCCCCUCCCCGCGCGCCGGUGCCUUCGGCUCCCUCCAAGAAGGCCUUGAUAGGUGGUGCCAGUGCCGGUGCUUCUUCUUCUGCGGGCAUUGUGAGGAGCAGUGACGCUAGUGCAGCGAUGAGCAGGAGCAACUGGUUGUCGAGGUGGAUGAGCUCCUGCUCCGAUGACACCAAGACGGCGGUUGCAGCUGUGACCGUGCCACUGCUCUACGGCUCGUCCUUGGCCGAGCCGAGGUCCAUCCCGUCCAAGUCCAUGUACCCGACCUUCGAUGUUGGUGAUCGGAUUCUCGCCGAGAAGGUCUCGUACAUAUUCCGGGAACCAGAAAUCUUGGACAUUGUGAUCUUCCGUGCUCCCCCAGCUCUUCAGGAUUACGGCUACAGCUCGGGUGAUGUCUUCAUCAAGAGAGUUGUGGCCAAGGGAGGAGACUAUGUCGAAGUGCGUGGUGGCAAGCUUUUGGUUAACGGAGUAGUUCAGGAUGAGGAUUUUGUGCUGGAGCCACACAACUACGAGAUGGAACCAGUGCUUGUACCUGAAGGCCAUGUGUUUGUGCUGGGAGACAACCGCAACAACAGCUUUGACUCACGAUACUGGGGGCCACUUCCAGUAAGGAACAUUGUUGGGAAAUCUCUUCUCCGGUAUUGGCCACCGUCCAAGAUAACCGAUACUAUAUACGAGCCUGAUGCAGCACGCUACGUGGUGCCGUCCUGAUACGUAGUUUCUCCAGCAAUGCUUUUUCGAUAAAGGAAGCUCUUAUCGUCGUAACAAGAAGAUACAACCGCAUAAGAACUUGCUCCUAGCCUCUGCAUUGCUAGGAUGCACACAUUCCAUGCUCCAGCAAUGCUGGAUAGCCAAUGUGUAAUAGCCUCCGAUGGAGCUCCAUUGAUGAGCUGAGCUCGGGUUAUGGCUUUUUCCCCCCUCGUACAAUCUGUUUCUUGUGUGUUGCCUGUAAAUUCCUUUUGGCUGACCGAUUUGUUUUCCCUGCCUAUUGGCAGGUGCUUGUUUAAGCACAUGAAAGUGUAAUACCUUGCGAUUUGCAAGCUGAAACGAUCCCUCCGAUAUGUGUAGAGCGAGUGAUGAAGGAUCAUUCAGGUGCUGCUGAUUGCACUGCGGAGCUGGGCGAUUUUGUUGCGUUUCCAGCAUUGUAGGAGCUGUCGUUAACAUGUUGCAAUGGUGUAGAUGAACCAAGGCAAAUGCUAUCAAAAUAUGUUACUAUUUUUUAACGGGCAGCUUUGUGGCUUGCUGCAACAAUUGCAAGUUCAGAGCCGACAUUGUGAGGCUCGAAUUUCAUCUGAAACAUGACCAGUUUCUAUCCCGUGA